AUGUCAUCUGAUGAUGAGCCGGCCCCUGAUGGCUCAGAAAAGAUUGAAGCCUACCAAGACAAGCUGGCAUUUGCUGAUUUGGGCAUAACUGAGGUGCUUUGCACAGCCACAGAGAGGCUCAAGUGGAGCAAGCCAACUCAGAUCCAGUGUGAAGCUGUUCCUGUUGCUCUGCAAGGCAAGGAUGUGGUGGGCUUGGCCGAGACGGGCUCGGGCAAGACGGGCGCCUUCGCGCUGCCGAUCUUGCAGCGGCUGCUGGAGGCGCCGCAGCGAUUGUUCGCGCUCGUGCUGACGCCCACCAGGGAGCUGGCGUACCAGAUCUCUGAGCAGUUUGAGGCGCUGGGCGCUUCGAUCGGCGUCAAGUGCUGCGUCAUCGUGGGCGGCAUGGACAUGAUGGCGCAGAGCCUGAUGCUGGCCAAGAAGCCGCACGUCGUCAUCGCCACGCCCGGUCGACUGGUGGACCAUCUGGAGAACACCAAGGGCUUCUCGCUGAGGUCGCUCAAGUGUCUCGUGAUGGACGAAGCGGACAGGAUCCUCAACAUGGACUUCGGCGUGGAAGUGGAUAAGAUCGUGAAGGCAAUCCCUCGCGAGCGGCAGACCUUCCUCUUCUCCGCCACCAUGACCAAGAAGGUCAAGAAGCUGCAGCGCGCGGCCCUGCGCGACGCCGUUAAGGUCGAGGUCUCCAGCAAGUACCAGACGGUGGACAAGCUCCAGCAGUACUAUCUCUUCAUCCCAGCCAAGUACAAGGACGUGUACCUGGUGCACAUCCUGAACGAGCUGGCCGGCAACUCGUUCAUGGUGUUCUGCGGCACGUGCAACAACACGUUGCGUCUCUCGCUCCUGCUGAACGCGCUCGGCCUGCCGGCGAUCCCGCUGCACGGCCAGAUGACCAUGAACAAGCGGCUGGGCGCGCUCAACAAGUUCAAAUCGAAGAACAAGAGCAUCCUGCUGGCUACGGAUGUGGCGAGCAGGGGGCUGGACAUCGAGCACGUGGACGUGGUGGUCAACUUCGACAUCCCGACGCACAGCAAGGACUACAUCCACCGGGUGGGGCGGACGGCGCGCGCCGGCCGCGCUGGCCGCUCCGUCACGUUCGUCACCCAGUACGACGUGGAGCUGUACCAGCGCAUCGAACACCUCAUCGGCAAAAAGCUGCCGCAGUACGCGGCGGCCGAGGACGAGGUCAUGAUGCUCCAGGAGCGGGUCAUGGAGGCUGACCGGCUCGCCAAACAGGAGCUGAGGUCGCUGGGCGACAAGGAGACGGGCCGCAAGCGGAAACGGCGGCCCGACGAGGAGGACGACGGCGGUGACGACGGCGAGACCGGCGUCCGGCGCCGGCUGCAGGGCAACAAGAAGCGCGGAGGCGGUCGCCGGGGCCGCCGGUGACCGCGCCGGCCUGGACAGGGCAGGGGAGGUCUGCGGCUGGAGGCGUGCGCAGGAGGCCGGGGAGUAGGAGCGCACGGGGGAGGCGUUGUGCGAGGUGCUGCGGUGGACAGGAAGGUGGACUGCCGGUGAGCAGAGGUGCACACGGAAGACGUCGAGACCAUGAAUGGGGACCGGCAGCAGGAAUGCCUCGUCAGACUUCACUGGUAGGCAGGAGGCGACGAGGGUCGUGAAGAGGCCUCGCAGCCCAGAACUACAGGUGGAUGGAUGGGGACCAGGGCGGCUUGCCGAAACCUGGUCCAGACCCUGCGCUGGCCGGCGUGGUUAAUGCGUUCGGUGUGGCAGCCU